UACGAAAUAACAUCCAGCACCACAUGGUUAACCGUUCCGUGUGUUGAAGAACUGAAGCGUGCGCUAUAACCAACGCACACCAUUUGACAAAACGUCAAAGCCCGCCCGAAAGAAAUGCGUGUGCUUCAGUGUGUAUGUGUGUGUGUGCGUGUGUAUGUCGGAUUGGUUGCUGUCGUGUGAUUUGCUACUUUUUUUCGGUGCUCCUUUUAUCGUAUUUAGGAAUUUCACCAUCCUUCCAACGAAUUCCAGCACCUGGGCAAAUCAACAAACCUUCCGGCAAGUGACUCCGCAACAUAGACAGUAGUACGUCCUCCCAGGGCCAUCAUCACCACCAUCAGGAGCGAAAAGGCUCGAGUAUCAAAGAGAGGCUUUUCUUUUGUCCACCGCGCUGUUUAUCGCCGUCGUCAUCCGGUGAAUCUGCAGUCAAAGUGGAUCAUUCCGUCGGUCGUGUUUCGGUCGCUGAAGUGCCCCCGGGUGGACACGGUGUUAACACUGCCGGCCGUCAUCGGCGUUGUACCGUACGUACGGUUCCGUAUCCGCAGGAAGUAGUGUACAGGCCAGCUGCAGGUCGAAAUCGUCGACCGCUUGGGGGCGACAGGUGACAGCUGAAGGUUGUGCGAAUCUUUAGCCAGGGCAGAUCGGACCGGCCGGCAAGUUGGAUAGAAGGGGGCGACAAUGUCCGAUUCGUUUUUUGGGUUUGAUGCGUCAUUGCCCGGCGAGGACGAUGAUGGCGGCGGCGGUGGACGUGUGCUUGGUGGAGGAGGAGGCAGCGGUGGUCGUGGAUCGGAUUCGGAAGAGGAGUACGACGCACUCAACGAUGAAACGUUCGGUCAGGCCCGGGAAGACGAUUGGGAAGAUUUACAUGAGAACCUUGUGCGAAUGGACCAGCGAGAAGGUGGGGACGGAGACUCCGGUGCCGACUCCGAUUUGGACAUCAACUUCUCCUCGGUCGGGAUCGAUAACUUCGAACUGGAUAACGACACGGAACCGGAAGCUCGAUUGCAGCUGGACCCGAGCGUAUGGACGAUGCCAAGCAAACCGGAAACUCCGAGACAUACCGUUCCGCCUCCCGUUUCGUCACAGAUGCCACCAGUGAUCGUCAAUGCAACGACCUCGAUUCCAGCACCAGAUCGCUUCGGUGCAGCGGUAGGACGGUUUCCGACUUUGCCCAAUCCAAGCAUGCGCAUCUGUUCGCUGGAGGAAAUCGAACAGAACAUGAUCAAGCAGCAGCAGGAACAGAUGCGUCGCGGAAUGACUCCACUGCCCCGCCCUCCACCCGGUUUUCCACCACCUUCCAAUCCGACGCAAGCGUUGCAGCAACCUCCGCCGGGUUCAUCAAUGCCACCCACGCCAAUGAUCCAUCGUCCGCUACCGAUUCAGAUCGGGUUCCCUUCGCCUGCUGUUAUGGGCGGAACGCCGGGAGGACAACCGUCUGCGCCGGGUGGUCUGAUGGCUCCGCUAUUCCCGCCCACCAAUAUACCGCCUCCGAACGGUGGGCAACCGGGUCCAUUUCCGUUCCCAAUGAACUUCCAAGGUCCGCCCGGGUCAGGAGCAGGUCCCGGCGCUAUGCUGCCUCCCAACAACAUCAACAACAACAACAUGAAUGGUGGAAUUAACAACAAUAACGCAAGCUUCAGCCAGCGGCUGGUAGAAGAGAUUCAGCAAAACCAUCCAAUGCUACCCCACUAUCGGCAACAGCCGCCACCCGGCACGAUAACACAGCCUCCGCUACCGAUGGGUGUUCCACCACCCGGCGGUCCAGGUCCGAUGCCGCCGAUGCCGCCCCACGGUGGUAACUUUAAACACCCGUUCAUGGCGCAUCAUCAUCCGGGAUUUCCACCCACUUGGAAUGGGCCACCGCCGCAUCCUCAUGGUAAUCCACACCAUCACGGUGGACACCAUCAUCCGGGAUUUCCGGGCGGACAUCAUCACUUUCCCCAGCAGCAACAUCAGCAGCAGGGCCAACCAGGGCAAGGACAUCAUCAUCAUCAUCAACAGCAGCACCAUCACCAGCAACAGCAUCAGGGCGGUGGCCAUCGAUUGCACAAUGGAAAGCAGAACCGCAAUUUCGAGUACGACGAGUACGCGAAUAUGAUGACCGAACGGGCGAAACACUGGCUGCUCGGUAUUCAACUUUCCCAGCUGAAUAAGGACACGGCCUACUACAAUGACUAUUACUUCUGCGUGAUCCGUGACCGGAAGGAACGUGAGCGUGGGGCCGAGCGGGAAAGUAAAGCACACAAGGAUAACACGUUCUAUCAUCCGUUCAGCCAGCAGCAGCAGAACCAACAGCACUGGAACGGAUACGGACGGGAACGUCGCAAUUCGGAAAAUUCCACAUCGACAAAGGACGGCAUUAAGGAGAUACAGCCGCGUCGCUACAAGCUGGUGCAGUUCGAGAAUUCGCUCGGCAAGCUGCAGUGUGGCAGCGUUAUUGCUCCGCGCAAGAUCAUCGAUCAGGAUGUGGUGGUGGAUCGUUCCGUCGCCGAAGGAGGUGGUCCCGGUGGAUCAGGCAAUGCCGGAACGGGAACCAGUACUGCACCCGGCAGCUCCGAUUCCGUACAUAAUCAGCGCCGUUCGAGACAGAUACUGCUGCAUGUGGAGAACCUUUAUCGGCUGGUGCUACGCCUCGAGGACAUGUCCAAUCAGUUGGCAAUAGAGGCCAAGCAGCAGAUGAAGGAAAAGCGCACCAAGGAGCGUCUGCUGGCGCAGGAAAAGCUGACAAGCGGCACAGACGAGCAGAACAACGUUAACAGCGGCACCCAGAUGGCAACCGUGCCGGCAACACCCGUGUCUGAGGUAGAGCAAGAUACGAUGGAAAAUCUGCUUGAGCGCAUACUGCCGGCCGUCAAUGCCGAGGGCGUGCUGCGGCUGCUGUCAGUUCGCAAAGGCAAACUGCUGCUGACACGCAUCCAGAAAGCCCUCGGUGAGCAUUCGGCCCGGUGGACAAUCUGGUGCACGGUGCUGGCAACACUGGUUGCGCUGCCGAAGCGCGAUCGCGAGGAUGCAGAGGAUCAGCUGAGUUCGCUGUUUUCCGAGUUCGAGCUGCACGUCAAAUACGCACAGCCUGGCGAGUUGGUACCGCUGUUCGAGACACUGCUCAACACGGAUCAACUGCUCCCGCUGGUGCCCCGGUGUAAGUUCCUGCUGCUAGCAAUGCUCACACUGAUCGCACAGAUGGAACAGUUGUCUACUAGCGAUGCCUCCCUCGGACAGGCCGCUGCGCUUAACGGGGAGGCGGACGAGGGCUCUAGUGAGGGUGGCGAUACUGGUGCUCCACGACUCGUUUGGACGCGCUGGAUGAGUCUUCUAAGGGAGCUGGCCCGUGUUCUUGAUGCGGCCAAGGUUGGAGCUGCCGGUAAUAAUAAACCACAGAAAGUUCUGCUCAAGCUGGAUUCGUCCUGCGGCAAAGUGAAGCAACUGCGCGCGCACCUGCAGCGGCAUCCGGAACUGGAACUGGAGCACAAGCUUCGAGCUAUCGUAUCGAUCAUCGAUAUCGGUGCCGGUGGUCCGUCGUCCUUGGCUACCACAGCGGAAGGACCAACAUCGGCGGAUGCAAACAAAAACCAAGGACUGUGAUGAAUGAAACAUGUGAACAGUGUGUGAAUCAUUAGAACCAUAAACCAACAAAAAAAAAGUAAUGCAUCUGAGACUCCGCUUGCGAAAAAAGUUUCCUUCGAACCGGAUUUGAACCAGUGACCUAUGGAUAACUAUUGCACGUGCACAGAUGUGUGCGCGCUCACCGCUACAGUCCACCGCUCUACCAACUGAGCUAUCGAAGGUUGCGUAGACGAGGGUGCUACACACCAAAUAUAAACAACGGGCCCACAGAAACGCCUAUGAGUGAGGUGACUUUUUCCGAGAGCACUUUUUUUUAAUGGAAAAUAAAACCUAUUGCUCAGCUGCACGCAUGCUAAAGAAUCGCCAACUAACGACUUAACUCCCGGGAAAAAAACGACACGUGACCGGCACGCGAUCAAGAAGUUGAACAUCCCCGUGUGGUAGGGUUCUGUGUUAAUUCUACAACCCUAAGCAGACAAGUUUUCGUACGAAGGAAAAGAAAACGGAAAAUGUAAAAACUAUAAUGGCUGGAAGUAUUGUCCAUUGCUAAGGGAAAAUAUAGAUUAUUAUUAAUUUUAUGAGACUGCGUACUUUGCCACCAAAGCGUAAACGCAAUCAUUUACAUCGUCGACAUCGACACAACGGCGGCGUACAGUUGGUACAAAACCAUCAUGUUGAGCGCUCCACGCGUUGAUCCUUCGAUAGCUCAGUUGGUAGAGCGGUGGACUGUAGUGUAAGGCGAGGCGUGUCAGAUCUUACGCGAUGCCCCUAGCCUAGAAGUUCAAUACCCAUUCCAUGCGAAAUUUAAGAAUUGCCCGCUUCUUAAAUAAAAGUGCACACACCCAUCCCAUUGAUGAACUUCUAGAAGUAAUGUGUGCCCUAGGUGAGUGCCGUGCGUGAGAGAGGGCGACACUGCCCCCUACAAAAGUAAUCCAUAGGUCACUGGUUCAAAUCCGGUUCGAAGAACAGUGAGUUUUUUUUACUGCUUUAACAGUACAGGAUUCGCAAAGCUAUUUAUAGCUACAAAACCUUUCCCCAUAAAAUGAGCCAUUCAUCUAAUACGGAGCUCCGCCGUCUGUUAUGGAGAUAGCCACAACUAGUGUUGGGUCAAGAGCGAAAGUGCGAUGCG